AUGUGUCUCGAAGGUUCGCUGGGCAUUGCGUGGACCACUCCUGCGAUACGGUGGAACGGGCCCUCGUGGGCCGGUGACGGUAUCGAUACCGUCACAGCGAUCAGACUUGCCCCCCAUCAAAUCAACAGUCUCCUGUCCAUCACUGCCUUCCUCCAACUCACCCUGCUACUUCCUUCCCUUCGUUCUCCCAUCCUUCUCUUCCCAUCACUCACUCUCUCUCUCUCCUUCUCCUUCUCCUUCUCUCCCAGCUCUCCUCCCAUCUCGUCCGCUUCCUCCUCUUGCUCAUCUCUUCCGUCGCCUUCCGCCCCCAUUGCCCUCGUUGAGUACAACAAUCAUCAACUCCAAAGGACAGAACAACAACACGGGCAGCCCCCAUCAAACCCAAAACUGCUCCCUGUCUUCUGA